UAUGGUUCAUUUCAGUGCUCUUUCUCUCGGUAUCGUUCACCACAUGCCUGUGAUCGAUCUCUCUCAAGCUAGGUUUGGUAUCGGUAUCGGUGAAGUCCGUCAUUGAAUUGAAGUGGUAGAGUGGUAAGUGGGCGUACGGUCUAUGGAUUUCCUAUCAGUGGCAUUAGUUCCUUUUCAUUCUCUAGAUAGAUGGGCAGAACAAGCUUCUCUUUAUAUUCUAUUCUAGAAAGGAUCAAUUAGAUUCUCAUCUCCUAUUUGUUUGAGCCAUUCAUUAUAGUGGUGGUGCCGGGAAGGCUGCUUAGCACUCUAGUCCUUUUGAGUAAGGAAUUGUAGCAUGGGCAGGCAAUCUCUUCGAUUGAUUCCCCUCCAGGAAUUACUUGAAUUAAUUAGCCGGCCCACGGAGUGAAAUAUCGAACUUAACCUAUAAAUAACUAGUAUCUCAAAAACCAAAUAAAAGGCUUUCUUUUAAGCUUGUUAAUGGAAUUCCACAGGAGUCAAGCGCUAGCAAAGAAGAAUUGGAAAUCAGUCGCUUCCCUUCUGGACUCAAGUCAGCAGAAGAGUGAACUUCAUAUUAAUAGGUAAAUCCUACAUCAAGCGUAAAGGAAGUACACUUUUUUUGAUUCGGCGCUUAAUAACUCGUACUUGACGUUGGUUUCGGUUCGAUCAACUAUCCUUUUUGAAGCGGAUAGUUCACAGUGCUCAUUCUCAAAAAAAGCGGAAAAGCCAUGAUGUUUCCACUCCAUUUUCAUUACGAAGAUGUAUUACGUCAGGAUCUCUUGCUCAAACUGAAUCACGCCAAUGUUAUGGAAGUUCCUGGAUUGUUUGAAAUAAGAUUAGUACCAAAAGUUGCCUCUGAUUUCAGAAUCCAAUUUGGAAAAUUGGCUAUGGAGAUUUUGUGCGGUCAGAGAUUCAUACAGACACAAAGGGGCCCCUAUUUUCAUGCAGGAAAGUCGUUUCGAUCCAAUCCAUUCUUGGGGUCCGAAAAAGACACUGGAUAUGUCAGUGACUUUGCACGACAAAGCGUUCUCCGAGGGCAUGGAAUGUACCAUUUUUUGGUCAGAAUCUUUACAGUAAUGUCUAUGUUGGAUUCUCCGGUCGAAAUACGGGAAAACUCCAUCAAAUUCUUUAUGGAAACGGAGUUUUGCGAAUUCUCCCCGGAACUGGAAGAUCAUUUCGAGAUCUUCGAGCAUAUUCGAGGGUUCAAUGUGACUAUUGUCACUUCGGCCAAUACAAAAGAUGAGACUUUACUACUGUGGAGCGGCUUUUUGCUAAAAGAUGAGGGGGAAACUAAGUAAGAUGACGGAGAAGCGACGAAAUAUACGAGAUCACAAACGUAGAUUGCUCGCGGCUAAAUAUGAAUUGAGACGAAAGCUUUCUAAUUUUGUAACCCGAUCUUCCGUCUGAUAUGCGGGACAAACAUCGUUAUAAGUUGUCCAAGUUGCCAAGAAAGAGUUCAAUGGCACGAGUAAGAAACCGAGGUAUUUUCACGGGUCUCCCUCGUUCCGCAGUUGAGUUCUUUCGCAUUUAUCGUAUCGUUUUUCGUGGAUUAGCAUCUCGAGGUUCUUUGAUGGGCAUAAAGAAAUCGUCUUGGUAGCAACCACCAAACCAAUAGAACAAAGGUUAGCUCUGCAGCUAGUCCACAAGCAAGGGUUGUAGGUCCAUUAUCGUCCGGCUCCCGACCGAAACUAACGGAGUCAUCCCAACUCUCGGAUCGGAGAUGCUAACGGGACAGGAAUCGAAGUGGGGGACCUCUCUACCGCACCUGUCUCCCCAGACAUAGACUACGUAAAGGGUAGUACUCUUGGAAAGAGAGAAGAUCACCGCGUGAACAAAAUCCAAAGUAACGAAUGUCACUCCCGAGGGAUCGACCACUAUCAUACAUGAAAUUUUGCAUAGAAUGAUUGUUCAUGUUCACGCCGGAGUGCUGAGGUUGUUCCCACCAUUGAAGUCAGAGUCUGGGUGUGUUUUUCUUACUAAUACGGAGAGGGUUCCGAAUGAUAAAGACCAAUCAAAAACUUCUUCGUUUCGUUGGUAGAACCCACGCCAACUCUUUUCUCUAAAUAAUAGAGAGAUCUUUUGAUAGUCUCACUUCUAUCAAUGCAAUGAAAGAACUAUCCCUUCCUAUUUGUUUGUCCUAAUGAGACAAAAAAGAGCCUCCUUCUUUACCACUUUAGG